UCUGCCGGUGGGUGGACGUGGAGCGCGUUUGGGAUUCGAAUCGAACGCGACGUGACGUGCCGGUGGUCAGCGAGACGGUCGUGGACGCUGGAUCGCCAUGAUCGGCUUGGAUCUGGACCCCAGUAUCUCCUACCCAUGGCUCAGUGCGCUCUUCCGGUGUCGUUCCUCCUAACCCUCCUCCUCUCCCGCUGCUCCGCCGUCCUGGCCAUCCUCCACAAGAAAGUGUACGCUGAGGAAGAUCUAAGGCGGAACUAUCGGCUCGAGGAUUUCCUUUGGACCGGUUCCGGGGAUGGCGAGGAUGGAGAGAGCGGGGAUCACUCGUGGCAAACCACCACUGUAUUCCAGACCACCACUAUACUCACCACCAUUUACUCAACACCUGUUUAUGUCAGGCCGUCUAUGGCGUCCGUGGACUGUAUUGGCGGCGAAGAAUGUUCCAUUCAGCCGACACCAACUCUGAAUCCUCCUUCUGCGACAGCUGAGUUCCCAGCCUCUCAAACAGAGGCCCCAUUUCAAACUGUGCCGGAGCCCAAGUACUGGGUCAUAACUGUCCUGAAAGUGAACGCAACUUUAGACUUGAAUCCAACUAAAUUCGAGCCAAGAUUAGCCCGUCUGUACCGGAUAGCUUUUAAUAGGCAACAAGCACUGCACUUGGGCUGGAAUGGGAGCGGGUACUGGAACUCGAGCACGGCGCUGCAGUUUGCCAAGCAGGUGAUUCGCAGGCGCCGCGAGAAGCGGGAUGUGAGUGUGCGGGUGCACAACCUGAGAUCUGCACCCGGGACCGGCUCUCUGGAACUCGUCUACUCUGUUCGAGUUGCGGGUCGACCCGUUUUGGCCCUUGCCGCUGCCCGGGAUAUGCGACUUGUGUCCGAAGGAGAGGCAACCUCUGAACUCGGCUAUCCCGUCGAAACCAAAGCUGAACCUUACUUACGAAGUUCUGAGGCGGUAAGCGAAGCGGCUGCUAGGUCACGUGACACUUGGCUCCUGAUCGGCUCGGGUCUGAGCGCUGUCAUCCUGUUCAUCAUCCUCAUCGCCAUCUUCAUCCUCGGCUACAACAGCCACAAACGGAAACAGAAGUCCCGCGUCCAGGGUAACUUGAACAAGAGUCGCGUCUUCGAGAGGGAGGCCCAUCGCGGCAUCUCCAAUAUCGCGUUCCAAGACGACCAGCCCGACGCUAAGACAGGAAGCAGGGCCUCAUUGAGUCACCACUCGAUCAGUGAACAGAGCGACAUUUCUGAGGCUGCCCUCGUGCGCGGAGGGGGGCUCGCCAUGAUAAAUCCCCCCGCGACCACCCCAACUCCAACUCCAAAACCCCGCUCGGCUAGAGUUUCCAGCCCCAACUCAUAUUUGUCUAUGCCUUCCGUCAAAGCAUUCCCGAGGCGGGCAAAGAUACCAGAACCAUUAAACCAGGUCCUUGCUGAAGAUUCCAAGUCUCCAGUUCCAAAGUUGACACGGCAUGGAAGUGUGGAAGGUAAUGACCCAGGUGUUGUUGGUCCUAUUGUUUGGGACCUGCACUGUCAUCGUCUUUACAAACAAGCCGAAUGUUUGGAGCUGGAAGACGACCCCUCUUUAAUUGAGCCAAAUGUCGGUAGAAUGCGUCGCAGAUUUCACCAGCUUCUCGACGACGCUUUCAGCCUUUUCGGGAGCCCUCCGCCUUCACCCAGUCCAACUUCUUCCAGAUCUACAUCCAUAGAUAUUCGAGCCAAAUCUGCUCUGGUCAGACCAGUCUGUGACAUCCACCCGGAGCCGAUCCUGCGACCGCGGACCUCCGCGGACGCCGCGGACGCGUGCGGCGCUGAGCUCGGGGCGGCUCCCGAGGCGCGUCGAAGCGCGGGGGUGGCGUGGGGCUCGGUGGCGGCCCCUUCGCCGAGCAGCCCCCCGGCGCCGGGGGGGCGCUCCGAGUCGCGGCCGCUCAGCGCCGGGCCCUUCCACCGGCCGUGCAUCGAGCCGCAGUUCGUCUUGGCCCAGGCCACGCUCCCCCCCACCGACCCCGCCGUCCCCAUCAUCUCCGCCAUCAAACAGGAGCUCGAGCGGCUCCCGACCAGGAAUAAUGCAAAUAUAGAGACAUGA